AUGCCAAUGGAAUGGCGCUAUGAACCAUUGAUGCCAAAGGAAUUCAUCUUGGGUAUGAAAGCACGUGGUCAUGCUGCGACUGUCUUGAAUGAAGUUAGUGUAGUAACUGCAAUAUCUAACAAUAAGGAAAUAUUCAGUGCAGUAUCAGAGAGGCGUCGGCCAGGAAACACAUCCUACUUGUUGCUCCCUACUAAUUGUACAUAG